GAUUGUCUCCCUUUUGAUUCGAUGAUGUAAAUCUAGGCGGCAGCCGCGGUCGCUGUUGGUCAUGGGGUAGAUUAACGCUAAGAAAAGACAAAAUAAUACCAGUUGUGUGGAAGAAUUAGUUUUAUAUCGCGGGGAGAAAACAGGCAGUCCUAUGCUAUCUGAGAGCGGAAAUGCCGGUUGCCAUGGCGGUCACGUGACCCGGAAGCAGCAGUUGCCACCUCGGGAUCACGUGGACGGGAUGCCGGUUGCUGUGCAGCGUCACCGUGUCGGGCCUGCUUCUCCUCGUCCGGUGAUGACGGCGGCGGAGGCGGACACGGAGCCCAAGCCCAGGCGGGCGGCCGUCCUCCACGAAGAGCUGGUGGAGAGCGUGUCGCUGUACCGCCGCCGGCCUUGGCUCCUGCACGGCACGCUGGGGCCCUUCGCGGCGCUGUACGCCGCCUGGUUCUACCUGUGGGUGUGCCGCUACGGGGUCAGCCAGUACCCGGAGGCGGGUCUCAUCGCGCUCGCCGCCCUCGGCAUCGCGCACAUCCUCACCGUGUUGUCGGGGCAUUGGUCAGUGCACGUACAUUGCCUGCUCACCUGCACCACGGAGCCAAAUCCUUUCAAAGCAACCUGGGCCAAGGUUGUUCCUACCCCUAACAAUGGGUCCCCUGAAUUGGUGCCACUUCAACAUGACCAGGACAAGAAUCAUCAGAAAAUUAUCUCUUUUGAGUUUCAGAAGAUUAAAUACUGGUAUGAUGAAGAUGAAAAUGAGUUCCUUCCAGUAGCUUUCCCAGUAGAUUUUCAGCUCCAGUUUUACCAGACUGCCAAGGGAUUCCAGGAUGAAACGGAACUGAAAGCUGCAGAAAAGAAAUAUGGUACAAACAAGGCUGAAAUGGUGGUCCCUGAAUUUAUGCAACUCUUCAAAGAGAGGGCCACAGCCCCUUUCUUUGUUUUUCAGGUGUUCUGCGUGGGUCUGUGGUGCUUGGAUGAAUACUGGUAUUACAGUGUCUUUACCCUUUUCAUGCUGGUAGCCUUCGAAGCCUCCCUGGUGCAGCAACAAAUGAGGAACAUGUCAGAGAUCCGGAAAAUGGGAAACAAACCCUACAUGAUCCAGGUCUACAGGAACAGAAAGUGGAGGCAGAUCUCAAGUGAUGAGCUCAUUCCUGGCGACAUUGUUUCAAUAGGUCGUUCACCUCAUGAGAAUCUGGUUCCCUGUGAUGUUCUGUUGCUCAGAGGGCGAUGCAUUGUAGAUGAAGCUAUGCUAACAGGAGAGUCUGUUCCACAGAUGAAGGAACCAGUGGAAGACAUUACUCCAAACCACAUACUGGACUUGCAAUCAGAUUCAAAGCUGCAUGUAAUAUUUGGGGGAACCAAAGUAGUUCAACAUACUCCACCUCAAAAAUCUAGUGCGGGACUCAAACCUGUGGAUAACGGGUGUGCUGCCUACGUCCUGAGGACUGGUUUUAAUACUUCUCAGGGAAAAUUGCUGCGGACAAUCUUAUUUGGAGUGAAACGAGUUACUGCCAACAAUCUGGAGACAUUUAUCUUCAUCCUUUUCCUUCUCAUCUUUGCUAUUGCUGCAGCUGUAUAUGUCUGGGUAGAAGGUACAAAGGACCCAAACAGAAACCGUUACAAGUUGUUUUUGGAGUGUACACUAAUCCUAACAUCUGUUGUUCCACCUGAGCUCCCAAUUGAAUUAUCACUGGCUGUCAACACUUCCCUUAUUGCCUUAGCUAAACUCCAUGUGUACUGUACAGAACCUUUCCGAAUCCCCUUUGCCGGGAAAGUGGAAUUCUGCUGCUUCGAUAAAACUGGCACUCUGACAAGUGAUAACCUGCUGGUCAGAGGGGUUGCUGGACUCAGGGAGGGAAAGGAGUUGGUCCCAGUAUCAGAGAUUCCCCUGCAGACACACCGAGUAGUGGCGACAUGUCAUUCACUGGUACAGAUGGACGAUGGGACAUUGGUUGGUGAUCCCCUUGAAAAGGCAAUGCUAACAGCAGUUGACUGGACACUCACGAAAGAUGAAAAGGUUUUCCCUAAAAGCAUCAAAUCACAAGGUCUGAAAAUCCACCAGCGCUUUCAUUUUGCCAGUGCACUGAAACGCAUGUCAGUCCUCGGCUCCUACGAAACGAUGGGCUCCACAGAUCUCCAGUACUUCAGUACGGUGAAGGGAGCACCUGAGACAUUGCGCAGCAUGUUCGCUGAGCGACCUAGUAACUAUGAUUCUGUCCACACUGAGAUGUCACGAGAGGGAGCAAGGGUAUUAGCCUUGGGAUAUAAAGAGAUGGGAUACCUCACUCAUCAGCAGGUACGGGAAAUAACCCGUGAGGAUUUGGAAUCGAACCUGAAAUUUGCUGGCUUCAUGGUUGUCUCUUGUCCCCUCAAGAGUGAUUCAAAAGCAGUCAUUAGAGAGAUCCAGAAUGCAUCGCAUCAGGUAGUUAUGAUCACUGGUGAUAACCCACUAACAGCCUGCCACGUGGCCCGAGAACUCCACUUCAUCCAGAAAGUGCACACUCUUGUCCUUCAGGCACCACAUAACAAAGGUGCUGAAUGGCAGUGGGAAUCCAUUGAUGGCACAGUUAUUGUUCCCAUGAUUACACGAUCCAGUGAAUUGACCAAAGACUACGACUUGUGUAUGACUGGAGAAGGUCUUAAUUACUUAAGUACAGUGGACAAACCAUUUCUGAUGAAGCUUAUGCCUCACAUCCAGGUGUUUGCCCGGGUUGCACCCAAACAGAAGGAAUUUGUAAUUACCAGCUUUAAGAGCUUGGGUUACACCACGCUGAUGUGUGGUGAUGGAACCAAUGACGUUGGAGCCUUGAAGCAUGCUGAUGUUGGUGUGGCCUUGCUAGCCAACACUCCCGAGCGAGUUCCAGACAAGAAAAGGAAGAUGAAGGAUGGGAUAAACGACGGGAAGUCCUUUGCUUCUAAUGCAGGCAGCAACAUGAAACUAAGCUCUCGAGCGGCAAGGCACCGGUUUAUGUCACAGCGAGAGGAACAGCUUGCUCUGCACCGGGAGCGUCUCAACCAGGUGUUGAAGGAUCUGGAGGAGGACCAGAUGCCUGUAAUUAAACUGGGAGAUGCCAGCAUUGCAGCACCAUUUACUUCCAAGCUGUCAUCCAUUAUGUGCAUAUGUUACGUGAUAAAGCAGGGGCGGUGCACAUUGGUAACCACACUGCAGAUGUUUAAGAUCCUAGCCUUGAACGCCCUGAUUCUCGCUUACAGCCAGAGCGUACUGUAUCUGGAAGGGGUUAAAUUCAGUGACUUUCAAGCCACACUGCAAGGACUUCUUUUGGCUGGUUGUUUCCUCUUCAUCUCUAGAUCCAAGCCAUUGAAGUCCCUGUCCAAGGUGCGUCCGCUGCCAAACAUAUUCAACCUGUACACGAUCCUCACGGUCCUGCUGCAGUUUACUGUCCACUUCAUCAGCUUAGUUUUUUUGUACAGGACGGCACAGGAACACUCCUCCUCCAGGACAGACGAAUUCGUGGAUCUAUACAAAGAAUUUGAGCCAAGCCUAGUGAACAGUACUGUCUACAUAAUGUCCAUGGCCAUGCAGAUGGCCACUUUUGCCAUUAAUUACAAGGGUCACCCAUUCAUGGAGAGCCUGAGGGAGAACAAGCCUUUGCUGUGGAGUAUUGUUAUUUCAGGCCUUGCCAUUGUGGGCCUGCUCACUGGCUCGUCACCAGAGUUCAACCAACAGUUUGGGCUGGUGGAGAUCCCAAUAGAGCUGAAGGUGGUGAUUGCAGGAGUCCUGGUGGCUGACUUCCUUGUGGCACUUGGGAUAGACCGAACACUACAGGCAUUGCUGGGCAGCAGCAGAUUCCGUGCGCCUUCCUGAUAACUGAGCUCACAGCUGGACCAACCUGUUCUCACCGCACUGGUCCACAGCUGCUCUCUCCAGCAGGAGGAUGCAGGGUGGCAGAGGCUGCGCAUAAAGCCACUCCCACAGGUGGACUUUUAACUUGCCAACGGUUUUCUUAGAUGGCUUUUGAUACAAAAAAAAAGACUGGUAUUUUCAUACCCAAACAAAAACAAUUUGGAGGUGAGGAAACAAUAAAUCCAUGUACCAUCUGAGAGUGUUUGUGAAUUCUGAGCCACUCGGCUCUCCAUGUCUUGCAAACUACAGAAUGUGACAUUUUCAUUGAUGCUCGGCUUUUGUUUUGUGUAAACACCACCACGGUUAAUGUGAAUGCAUUUCAUUAAUGGAAAGCAGAAGGUUUUCCUGGUUACUUUAUCACACUUGCUGAGGCUCGGGUAUUGCAAUAGGUGGGCAAUGUGAUUUUACUCUCAGAUUGUGUAUUCCUGCUACUCACUGUGCCCCCUGCUGAAGGUUGAACCUUCAGCUCCCCAGGCUCACCCUAACCAGGGAAAGUGACCCUUUAAGAUACUCCUAAAAAGACAUGGAUAAGUGUCAAAUUUUGUCUAAUCACACUCCUUUAAAGUAUUUUGGGAUGUUUUGCAAUAUUAUAAAAGCAGCUGUGUAAAGUGAGAUGUCUGCUCUUCCCUGGUAUAUCCCAACAUAAACCUGCUGUCUCUGGCUACUUGUGCAAUGUGCACAAGUUGGCACAAUACUGGGGAGAUGUGCCUCCCCAGCUUGUGCAGCAGGUGCUGAUUCCUUCCAGCGACCAGCAGUAGUGGAAUGCAUGGCAUUUUCCAAAAUAAGACAUGCAGGAAAUGUGGGACAGUACCAUGGAUUCAGGCUGGAGACUUAAGGCACUCCAAAUUCAACUUCAGGUAAAGGUCAGGUGGUAGUGAAAGUGGGACUCUUGAAUUUUACUGAACCGAGAACCAGCACCUUCCACCCCUCCUGCCAUCCCAACUCAUUGUUGUGGAACAGUCUGUGCACCAAGUGUAAUGGCCCAAGUGAUGUUUGUUGAAAUAGAAACAUUGGGCCAGGACACUAGAAUUCUGAACACUUUGAAAUGGUGCUAUGGAAUCUUCAAAUUAUCUGAAAGGAAGUUGGCAGAUAGCAAGGCGUUACUUCCCUCAGCAGAGGCUCAUUUCCUUUUGGCCUUGAUUUUCAUACCGGUAUAAUGUCAAAUGUCUACUGUGUGCCCAGUACCUGUUCCCAUGAUCCUACUGACCUCCCCACUAGUUUGCCUGUCUUCAAAUCAUCCUUUGUGUCAAAAGAUCCACCCGAUUUCUUAUCCUUGCAAGCUAGUAUUUCAUCUCCAACUUCUGUCCAAAUCCGCUGACUUCCUCAAUUCCAUGUUUGAUUUCCAACUACGAAGCCGAUAUUUAUGAUGGCGAAUUCUACUAGGAUUGGAAUAUUCCUAUCCUUUUAUUUAUUAACACUGUCAUUUAGAUUUCGACAUGUUUAUCAUGGUGUUCUCCAAACCCUCUCCACUCUCCAGCUGAAUAGGAUUGCCUGUGUUCACUCCUACGCAACUUACUGUAACCACUGUCUUGAAUGUGGGCUUUUUUUCCCUACAACCUGCAUCAUUUGAGUCCCCAAAGAUCUGUUUUGUUCCCUUUCCAUAUAUUGCUCCGUGCAGCUGGCACCCAGUGUAUGCUGAUAACACACACCAGCAGCCAUGGACCUCUCUAUUGGUUAUGUUGCUAGACUGCCUGAUGUGUAGUUAUGGAUUGCACGUUCUUAAAGACUACAACAAAAGCAUGAGUUUGUAUAACAGCCCUAAUUGGAUAAAACCUUCCAAGGUGCUUCACAAAAACAAUAUCCAUAAAACAUUGAAUCACAGGAGGAUUUACACAACUGUUGACCAAAAGUGUGUUUUAAAGGAAGUUAGCCAGACCCUAGAUCCUUGGUACCCAAGCUUAUGGCAUCCAUUGCAGGAGCAAUGAAAUUGGUAAUGUGCAGUAAGGCAGAUUGGAGGUGGUGCAAACAUCAGAGGAUUUCGGAGCUGAAAGAGAUUAACAAUGGGGGCUGAGGUGAGACCUUUUGGAGGGAUUUAAAAAUGGGAACUGUAUUUAAAUUAAAUAUCUUAAGUGAAAAAUGGCUCCUCUGACAGUCCUGGACUUGCUUGGAAAUGAGUAAUGACCUCAGAACAAGAAUUUGCUUUAUUUUGUUUUGCCCCUGAUGUUCACUGCAGUACAGGAUUGAUGGCUCUGUGAACAUGGGCCGAGAGAGGAUGGGAUGUAGAUAAAUGAAAAGGGAACAAAGAGUGCACUUUUAGGUGGAUUGUGUGGGUGUGGGAAGAAAAGCCGUAAGCCGUUCACUGGCCGUGACUGCAUAGCUAAGAAUUUAACCAUCUGAUGAAAAUCCCACCCAGCUGGACAACUAUCAAAUAAUAUCCGAAGGCAUCGAGCUAAGCAUAGAUCACCAUCCCUUAUCACUGAUUCCAAAACAAUCUUAAACAUGGUUGUUUGCAACUUUGGCAUCGUGUACUUCCACUUCUGUCUCCCUCUGCUCUAUCAGUCCAUUCACUGCCAAAACCUUAAGUCUGUGUCAGCAAUGUAACAACUACUCUAAUGAUUUACUAACUAGCUUCCUUCUUCUCACAAGCCUGAAAUUAAAAAAUCUAAUUCCUUUCCCAUGCCUGUAAUCUGUCCAGCCCUACAAUGUAAGAUUCUGACCUCCUGCACAUCUUACUCCCUCUUCUCUCUCCUUCUAUCCCCCCACCCCCCCACCACCAUCAAUUCUCUGGCUUUGCCUGUAAGCUGGAAUUUCCCCACCAAGAUGUGUGUACUGUGCAUUUUGACCAUGAAGAUUUCAUCAUCCAGCCUCUAUUUUCUUUGAAAACCAAGCUGCAGGAAGAAUUUGGUGCAGCAGGAGUUUGUGGGCUCUUGCAAUGCUCUGUCUGUGUUAGUGGCGGGGAUGUCAUGCUAGUUGGGGUUGCCUGUUGUGUGCCUGAAAACAAUGGAGUUGCCAGGAGAUGGGUUGGGAGAAAAGUUGAAUCUUCCGAAGAAUUGUUUAGAAGAGCAUAAACAUCAUCCAGUGCUGAAUUGCUGCCAAAUAAACCCUCUGUGCUGGCUUGGAAUCACUUGUACAUAUGUAUUAAAUAUUGAGCAGAUCUCAAACUUUCACAAAAAUCAUUUUGUGCUCUCGGUGAACAUUUACCCUUCAGUUUUGCUGUGUCAGCUUUCACAAUCUAAUUCACUAGGGCUGCAGUGUGUUCUCCAUCAUGCCUUUCUUAAGAACCUUGAUCAUCGAAUGAACAUUGAACGUUUCAAAUGCAAUUAAUUUAUGGACUAAAUAUUAGCCUUUGAUGUGCUUUAGAAGUCACUGUAGGAAAUACAAAACCAGUUUGAUUGCAGCAAGUUCCUGCAAUUUGCUUUUGACUUGUUUAGAUGCUGCCCAGCAUUCUCCCUGUGUUUUUGGUGCUGUAGGUUCUUUCAUGUCCACCUGGGAAGAUAGAGCCUCAAUGUACCAUCAAUUUUCCAGGUAAUGCAGCACCACUUCUAUUGAACUAAAGUGUCAGCUUAUAUUUUUGUCCUCAGAUUUAUGGAAUGGGCCUUGAAUCCACAAUCUUCUCAACCGGAUGGAAGUGCCAUAUUAAAAACCAUAUAAUUUAAGUAUUGUAUAAUAUCCAAUCAAACAGCAAUGAGCAUUGCACCAUAAUUUUGAGCUGCAGUCACUUUCCACUUAAGCAAUUUCAGCAGUGAUUCUGUACUAAUACCAUCCUCUAACAUUGAUGUGAGGGAACAAGUAGCAGAGUGUGGUUCAUUAAUCAUGCACCUGAAAUGACUGAUGGUUUGAUACCUUCCUUGUCUGAAUUUUACAAGCCAAGGUUAGGUUGAAUGAUCAAAUUACUCCAAUUUUCCCCCAUAUCGAAAGCAAUCGGUAAUUGAAAUAAGAAUGGGAAUAUCAACAGGCAAGUGGAAUUGGAGCUUUUUUUUCCAAAGAAACUUAAUCUGAUCAUUGCUACUUGACCACAGCAAGUCAUCUUGGACUCACCCUAUCAGAGAGAUCCCCUUUGUCCCACCUUCUCUGCUACCUAGAGACAACUUGUUUCUCGUUCCCAGUUAUAAUCAGGGCUCCUAGAUCUGAAACAUUAACUCUGUUUCCCUCUCCACAGCUGCUUCCUGACCUAUGGAGUGUUUCUAGAAUUGUUUUUGUAUCUUGGUGUUUCUUUUAAAUUUUUUUGGUUCUCAACUGUUGCUUGGUGAAAUGAGUGGAGCGACCUAAUCAAUUGCAAAAGCAUAGAAUUUAAAUGACGGGUAGAUACCUAGGAGCACAUGAAAGAGAAUGACCAGCCCCUUUCUCAACAAAAUUCUGCAUUUCCUAAUUGGGAAUGCCUAACCUCUCUCCAAGGUAGAAUGGCAGUAAUGGAGUAAGCUGGUGCUCUGUUUCUCCUUUCCCAGAAAAAGAAUGAGAUGAUUGAAUAAGCUGUAAGAGGAGCAGGAGUGAGCUGUAUUACUCUGCUUGUGGCUGCCUUUCUACCUCCUUUAUCCCCUUAAUGUGUAUGGAUCUCUGUUUUGAAUGAACACAAUGAUUGAACUUCCACAGGUGUCUGGGAUAGAGAAUUCCAAAGGUUCACCCUUCCACUGCAUGAAGAAAUUUCUCCUCAGUGUACCUGUUAUUCUCAGGUUCUAAGCAUCACAUCCAUCAAAGUAAAACUUUUUGAAAAUCUUUAGUUAUUCUUCCUAGAAUCAGCUGCAAACAUUUCUGUAAAUAGACAUCUCUGAAUGGAGGUACUGUGCACAGGUUUCUUCUCAAAAUACCUUAAAGUCAGCUGCACCGUAUAGCUGGA